UUAGCAACAAAAUGGCGGUCGUUGCAUCGCGCUUCGACCCAGGAAUUGAGUUUAGUCGUUCUGAGGCAGAAUUACAGGAUCAUGUUCUCGAUGUGUAUGGUACAAGAGAACAUGAAGUGGAUUUAUUCAGGCCUAACAUUGCUGACCAGCACAAGGUGGGGUUCUUCACACUAGACAGAUGUUCUCAGACAGAGGUCACAGAGGUCGUCGACCUCAAGGAAAUGACGGAGGUCCUCCAGAUCCUACUACAGGAUGUGACCAAUCUCCGUCGAGAUAUCAACCUGACCAAGCAUGUGAUGCAGGCAGACUACGAGUCCAAGCUACAGGAAAAAAGUCUGGAGCUAUAUGUCAGAAUAAACGAGAAAGUGAGAGAACUUGAGAGAAUCCAUGAAGAUAGAGUGACCACAGUAAGGAGAGCCUUCAGACAGCAGCUAUCUGAUGCUAUCGCCAGGGUGGCUGUACUAUACAAUAAAAACUUAGAAUCCAAGAUAAAGAAAGAGAAACGGAAACAGGAGGAAGGGCAGGGUAAGCACGAUGAGAAAUACAAGGAGAUGCAGGCCACCAUACAGAGGAACGAGACCGUCAUACAGAUGCUCAAAAUGCAGCUGGCUCAGUUCCAACAACGGCGCAACAGUGAAGUCGAAAGUCCGGACAUUUCCUCCGAUCGACCAUCAAACACAACGGCAGGGUCCCCGGUUCCUUCUCUGGAAGCGAAAAAGAAGAAAAAGGAGGCAUCACCCCCUAAAGAGCGUCCCCCACCCCCUCCAAAAGCUAAAUCACCCUCCCCAUCCCCUCCACCCUCACCCAAACCACCCCCCAAAAAACAGACCAAGAUGCCACCCGUGAUUGAGGAGCUGUCUGUGAAAUCUAAAUCUCCCGAGGUCAAUGAGGAGUUUGAGGCGUUGAAAGAGGAGUGUGACGGCCUCCACAGACGCGUGGAUCGCCUCGAGGAGGCACUAGACAUCAAGGAAAACGAAAAUCUCAGCCUUUCGGAGCAGAUUAACGAAUUGAAUAAUAAUCUGGAAAAAGAGAAAAUCAUGGUGGAACAGCUGAAGUAUGAAGCUGAUGAAACAAAGAAAUUGGCAGAGAAAGAAAAACAGUCCUCCAAGAAUCAGAUGGCUCUGGAGGCAGAAGCUCUGCUAGCCAAACAGAAGCAGGAGAUGCAGAGAAUGAUGGAGGAACAGAUCAGGAGAGCCAAGGAAGAGGCAGAGAAUGCUAAGCAUGAGGAGGCAAAAUCUCUGAAGGAGGCAGAGAGCAGCAAGCUGAAGCUGUUGAUGGACCAGAAGAAAUUACUGGAGCAGGAGUUGAUGCAGGCCCCAAGCUUUACACAGUAUCACAAAAGUGAGAGGAAAAAGAACAACACAAAAACUCAGGAAGAAGUGGAUGUGGAAAAAUAUAGGAAGGUGGAACAAAAGCUAAGGGAUGAAAUUCUAAGAUUAAAGAAGGAAAUUGAAAGAAUCCAUCGUACCUGGGAAAAGAAGUUUGCAAUAUUACAACAGAGUUUGCAUGCCCUGAAGGACGAGAGCUAUAUCAGACAGACUCUACAGAGGCAAGCUGCUGCACUGCAUCACGCGGCAGUUAGUUACGCCGUGGACACCCCAGUAGGAAUUGUUCCACAGAAACAGCAGUCUUACCCCAGAAAACCAGUUAUUCCUGAUAUUCCAAAGAAGCCCCCACCCAACACUACCCCAGCCAUGAAUGUGAACACCUCUGCUGGGGGGAUGGGAGUGUUUGACAAGGACUAUAUCUCCUACACUGUAUCCGCCCCCAGUGGGCGGGGCACUGCCAUGUUGUCUGUCGAUGAAAACCAAGUGAUGUCUGAUGGAGAACAGAUGCCUGAAGAUGUGGAACACAUUCCCCCUCCCCCCUCACGACGAAGAGACAGCCCAGAAGAUAGACAGAUAGACAAACAGAUGAAAGGAGAGGAAGGGCAAUACUACUCCCAGUCCCAGGCAGGCCAUACACCAACAGUAGUCAGCCAAUAGAAAGAGACGUUACGAAGAGAACCUGCCUUUUUGUUCCACUUGCCACCUCUGAGGAAUGUUGUUAAUGGAUAAUCUAAGAGUGAUUUGACCUUUGACCUUUAUGUGCAGAAAGAUGAAUACUGGCUGAAACAUUUAUAAUUAAGGAUGUAUUGAAUGUAAGAAGAACAAUUUGAAUGAGUGGUUAUUUUGAACAAGAGAUUGUUUGGUAUGAAUGCAGAAUGUGUGGUACUGUGUUUUGGAAAAUACAUCUGCAUUUUCAGAUAUUUUUUCGUUGGGGGGGGGGGGGGGGGGUAGAGAAACAGUCUAAUUUAAAGGAUUGGAUGUGAUUGAAUAUUCAAGAUAUUAAAAUGUAUAUUUCUUAGUAAAAAUAAACAAUUUUUUGAUAGAGAAGUGAUAUGUGCUGCUGAAUACUUCUUGAUGAUUAUUUAUGUUUAUUGUAUUAUUUUGGAUUUGAGACUUUUACUUCCAUGUUUUAUACAAACUGCUGUGUGGUUAAUGUACUGUGAUAUUUCUUAAUACACUCAACAACAAUGUGUCCUGUAAUAAACUGUGAUAUCUAUGA